UUGGAUCUAAUGACAGACAUUAGGGGCCUUCCACCCAUCAUGGUUGGUGAACCAGACCCUGGCGUGGCCCUGGGGGUGGAAGAAGGUCUACUCUGCCAAUUACUUCAUUCUCCAGAGUUCAAUCUAUUCCCCAACUCAGCUGUCUUUGAAAGCAACUUCAUCCAGGUCAGAAAGACUAACGACUGGUGGGUAGAUACAGAGGACUGGUCUACAACAGUGGUCCUUGGAGUGACCUCUUCAGUGCCAUGCCUACCACUCCCAAACAUCUUCUUGAUGGCUAAGAUCACCUGGCCCCAGGGACAUUUAUCAACAUGGAACAAAUCCAUCAAUGUACCAACUGUCACUCUUAGUAGGAUUCUCCCGAUGAAAUUUGUGGAGCUCAUGGUCUAUGACAAAUCCCAACGCAUCCUAAGGGUCAGAACUGUAACUGAGAAGAUCUAUUACAUGAAGCUCCAUCCAAAACACCCUACAGCUGUUUUCCAUUUCUGGAUCCGACUGGUUAACAUUCUACAGAAGGGCUUGUCCAUCACUUCUAAAGAUCCCAGUAUCCAUGUGAAUCAUUGCUUGGUGCCCAAAACUCCUAGCACGAUCAUUCUAGAAGAAUCAACAGAGUAUGACCCCUCAGACUCUCAGACGAGAGAGAGCCUGAUGCUGCUGAUGGCCCCACAAGGACAUGAAGCCUUCUCUGAUCUCUCUUUGGAUCUUACUACCAAGCAAGACCAGUUGAAGACCUGUCCUAAGGACAAUCAAACCACUAAAAUCAGUAAAGCUGAGAUGGAAGAAGAAGCCAAAUAUAAUUCAGGUGCUAAGUUCAGUGUCUGGUGCCCUGCAGAAGCAGUGCCAGUCGGGCCAAAACCUUCUAAGUUUCAGUACUCUAAGCCACGGCCCCGGUCAAUCCAUCCCAUUGAUAGCCAUGCUCUCCUGAAGAAGAAUCUACUGCGCACAGGAUUGCUGAAAGAAUUAAUUGUCUCUAAAGGCUAUACUAAAAUAAAGAAUGCAAAUGCAGACAUCUGGAAUCAGUUAGUCACAAAAGGCAGGUGGCUAGCAAAAAUACGUUCAACAGCUAUGUGA